AUGACACGUCCUGAUAGCAGAAAAGCGGACCCUCAGACGGCCCCAACUUCCUCCACCUCAUCCCUCCCAGCAACAGUAGAAGAGACGAGUGCCCGUUCCCGAUCCCUCUCCCGUCCCCGCUCUGAUAAAACCCAUCAACCUCCAUCUUGCCCCCAGGACCCACGAGACACCGGCGUAUCAACAGCGAUUGAGGAAAGCAUCGACGAGAGCCACCAAGAUCCGACGGAACUCGUUAGCCUCCCACCUCCCAAUCCGGAUCAUGACCACGACUGCAGCGAACACCGCAACCACAGCAGGUCAUCGUCCGUGUCGUCGAUCUCCUCGGGCUCCGUGCGCCUAGUUGUCCAUCGCACGACAAGCACGGGGCAGACGAGGAGAUCCAGUGUGGACACCCAGAGGGGACAUCUGGCCAGUUUGCGCAGGUACUGGUCACGGCAUGUAUCGUUGGUAGUGCCGCGGAAUCAAAAUCGGGAUCAUUUUGCCCUCGAAAGAACCUUUCUAGCUUACAUCCGCACAUCGCUCUCCUUCGCUUUCCACGGCGUUCUCAUAGCCCAAUUAUUCAGUCUGCAGAACCGGGAGGACCGCGACACGACAUUUGGGUUCUAUACUGUCGGGCUGCCGCUUGCCUGUGCAUGUCAUGCCUGUGCGAUCCUGGUUGCAGCCGUAGGGGCGUACCGGUUUUGGAGACAGCAGAAUGCGCUGGCGAGGGGUAAAGUGCAUGCCGGUGGGUGGGAGCUCAAUCUGUCGGGUGCUUGUACUGUUGGGUCAACGGAGAACGACCGACCUGUUGUGUUUUGUGUUUUGAAACAUGUUCGAGGUGCAUGGGACGAUGGCAGGAUCAUCUCGUUCCCGUUUUAA